CAGGAGUGGUCGCUGAGAGAAAAUGCUCCGACGUACACUCUGUAAUCUCCUUCUCCUCUGGUCAUUAAGCCAUGACCUCUCCAUCACUGGAGCGCCUUCUUACCAUCCACAGGAGCAGUCCUGGCGCAACCAGAGCCUCUUUUUUAUUCCCAUGGAUUUGGAUGUAGCACUUAGGAGGCUAGACGUGUCUAAUAACUUCAUCAGAGAGUUGCACACACUCGGUCUGCCACACCUGCAGCAGCUGGACCUGAGUAACAACCAGCUGGAUCUCAUCGCAGAAGGGGCUUUUCACAACCUGGCUCGACUUGAAGAGCUGAAUUUGUCCAGAAAUGUGCUGAACAACAACUUUGGCAGAAACAGCAAAGCCCUCCAAUCUAUUGGUCAGCUCAAAAGUUUGGAUAUAUCAAUGAACAGUUUGAAUGAUGAUGCAGUGGAACUAUACCUACAAAAUAAAUCCUCUCUUGGCCUUCUUAAACUAACGGGCAAUGGCUUAACAAGAUUAACACACAACUUGUUCAAAGAGAGCAAAGGCUUGAGAGCCAUUAGUAUCGAUAACAAUCUCAUAGCGCACAUAGAGCAAGGGACUUUUGAGCCGUUGAGAAGAUUAGAGAUACUUAACUUGGCGAAAAAUAACCUGGCCCAUAUCUGUGAUUUCAAAUUACAUCAAGUUAGGAAUUUAAAUCUCAGCCGAAAUUCAAUAGAGUUCUUUGUAACACGUGAGGAUGAUAAAUUGUACAGGCUUGAAAUCUUGGAUCUGAGUCACAACAACCUGUUUUUUUUCCCGGUUGUUCCAGCAAUCAAUCGUUUGAGAUAUCUUUACUUACAAAAUAAUAUGGUUGGUGCCUUGAACUCAGAAGCAAUGCUAAUAUCCGAGGCCAAUUCUCUUUAUAAAAAUAUAACAGGAGAGGAAGACAAUGCAGCAGAGGAUUAUAACGUUUACUCAAAGUGGAGGCUGAUGCCAUUGAUUUACAUUGACCUAAGCUACAACCACUUCAGGACUUUUCCAAUGGAAACUCUGAGCCUCCUUACUUCUUUGGAAACCCUUAAUUUCAGUUACAAUUGUUUGCGUAAUAUAAGCAAUAAUAAUGCAAAGGAUAGUGCAUUGGGAAACCAUCAGCAGCGUCUUUUUCCAUCUCUUAGGUACUUUGACCUGAAAAGCAAUGGACUCGCCUAUAUUUCCCCCGUUUUUCUCGAGGCUCUCACACAGCUAGAGACAUUAAAUCUCCAGGAAAACUCUGUGAAACCUUGUGGCCCCGUGGACAAGUUGAGACCAUCUAAAUCCCAACAGCAAAUGGCAGCCAAGCCUAAAACAUCUUGUGUGACCUUUGGACAAAUUAGAACACUUAAACACCUAAACCUUAAAGAAAACAGUAUAAAGAUGAUCCAUCCGAAUACAUUUGAAAAAACCUCUUUAGUUUCCCUUAACAUUGCAGGGAAUACGGACAUGGUCAUACCGGUGGGUGCGCUAGAAGGCCUGCAGCAAAGUCUUCAAUCCCUGAGUAUCAGCGAAGUCAACCUGACUAGCUCUGAACUGUCCUUGCCCUGUCUGCCAGCGUUAACACAGCUGAACAUCUCAAACAACCGUCUGGAUACCAUACCCGCUAGUCUACAUUGUUCUCCCCUGAGAGAACUCGAUAUAAGAAAUAAUGCAUUUUUGUCUUUAAACCGCUCUUUGAUUCACGACAUAUCUGCACACCUUGACACGAUGUACAUCAGUGGGAACUCGUUCAACUGCUGUGACACCAGAUGGCUGACAAUCCUACAUGGCUUACAGACAAAUUUGCCCGACAUCAACCAGGCAAAAUGCGCUACAAACGUCAAUAAUAUUGCGUUGAAAGAUUAUUUAAAAAACCCUUCAAAGUAUUGUCAGUUUCAUACAAAAAUAACAGAAGUUACCUUUGGGCAAGUAAUCAUAAUUUUCCUAUUUGUAGUAAUAAUAUUAACAAUGCUAGUGUUUUUCACCAUGAAGAUGAGUUGCCAGCAAGGAUCCUUUAUGGUGUGA